AUGGAAUUUGAAAGUCCCCCUAACGUGCAAGUGUACACCCGCCACCCGCCGGAAAAUGGAAAGCCAAACUUCCUGAACUGCUUCGUGUCCAAGUUUCACCCCCCUCAAAUCGAAGUUGAACUGUUGAAGAAUGGAAAGAAGAUGGAGAAGGUAGAACAGACGGAUCUGGCCUUCAGCAAGGACUGGUCUUUCUACCUCCUGGUCCACAAAGAAAUCAUACCCACACAGUAUGACACAUAUGCCUGCAGAGUCCAACACGUCACUCUGAAGGAGCCUAUGACCGUCACCUGGGACCGAGACAUGUAAUCAAGCCUCGUGGAGGUAGGUUCCUUGACUGUAAGAAAUGGGCCCUUGGGAGGGGGGAGGCUGGGGGUGGACCACAUGCCUAGCAUUCAUAAGGCUU